CAAUAUUCAAAACCCAAAGCUCUACGAUUCCCUCUCCCUCUCUCUCUCUCAUGUUGGACGGAGGAACGGAGCCGAGAUGGGUCGGCGAGGCCAGAGCCAAGGUGGGCGGCGGCGCGAUGGCGGAGAAAGUAUGGCCGCUCCUGGAGGACUUCUGCGGACUAAACAAGUACCUCUCUUCGGUCCACACCUGUUACCAGGUCGAAGGCCUCCAGGGCCAGCCGGGCCUCAUCCGCUACUGCGCCGGCGGCGAAGAGGAGGCGGUCAAUUGGUGCCGCGAGAAGUUGGUGGCCAUUGACCCCACCCAACGGUUUUUGACCUACGAGAUACUGGAUAACAACAUCGGCUUCAAGUCGUACUCGGCGACGCUCCGGGUUGUACCGGCGGGCGCCGGCGAAGAGCCCGGCUGCGCGAUCGAGUGGUCGUUCGUGGCGGAUCCGGUCGAGGGGUUCACGUUUGAUGGAUUCUUGGGUUUCAUUGAGCUCUCCGCGCACGACCUGGCACAGAAUAUCGCGACUGCCUUGCAGUGAAUGAAUUAGUCGAUUCCAUCUCAUUAUCUGCUGUUUGUGGAGUGGUUUCGCUGACUCCACCAUGUAAGUGGCUGUGAUAGUUAUCAAUGUCUCAGUGAUUUGGCCUACUCUACUUGCUAUAUAUAUAUAUAUAUGUUUGCUAUAUAUUUGUCAAA